AAAACCCCAACACUUCAUAUCAUACUACUAUAAUCUUCCAAACUGUUUCACUUCCAAAUUGUUUGAGUCCACUCAUCAAAAACCCAGCAUUUGAUAUUCUUAUCCAAAUUGAUUCAGUUCUUGUUUACCUGCUCAACAAAAAACACAAACUGUUUCUUUAAGAGAUGGCUUAUGCUGUUGUCUAUUCUCUAGUUCAAACAAUAGACCACAUCCUUGGUCACGAUGAAUACCCCAUUUCUGUCAAUGCAAAAGAAGAGAUUCGCAAGCUCCGUGAUAAUGUAAUUACCUUGCGAACAUUUCCAGAAAUGUUUUCAUAUGAAGGCAGCAGCUUGGAAAUAAGAAUUAGGGUUGCAGCCAAUGAAGCAGAAGAUGUUAUCGAGCAUUGGAUGCACGAGCAUAUCCGAUCAUCUGCUGCUGGACUUGCCACCGAUAUGGAGUAUGAUUUUGGCGAGCUGAAAAUGGCUAUGGAGGAAAUUAAUUCCAUUACUCAAGAGGUGGAGGAGCUCAUCCAGCAAAUCAGAGUGAAGAUGCGGUCAUCUCCAACGGCCACAGCAGCUGUCGACGGCAUGCUUCAGUCAUCUCCAACGGCCACAGCAGCUGUCGACGGGAUGCUUCAGUCAUCUCCAACGGCCACAGCAGCUGUCGACGGGAUGCUUCAGUCGUCUCCAACGCCCACACCUGCUGUCGAUGGGAUGCUUCAGUCAUCUCCAACGCCCACACCUGCUGUCGAUGUUGGUCUGGAGGAGCACAUCGACAAAUUAAGAGUUUUGCUCUUCCGAUACAAAAGAAACGAGUACCACAUUCCAAAGCACAUCAUCCCGAUCACAGGGAUGGGUGGUAUUGGGAAGACAACUCUUGCCAGAGCUGUUUUUGAAGAUGAGCAAGUUGUCAACCACUUUCCAGUUCGCGCCUGGAUCACUGUUUCCCAGAAUUAUCAAACCAAAAAUGUCUUUGAAGAGCUCUUAUUUUCCUUGGAGAAACAAGUCCAACAAGGACUUGUGAAUGAUUGUGACACAACGGAACGCAAAUUACGCCGAAUCUUGAGGAAGAACAAGUACCUGAUUGUGCUAGAUGAUCUAUGGAGUUUUGAAGCUUGGUGCGACAUAAGCAAGGUAUUUGCCAACAAAGAAAAGUUUGACGGGAGUCGGAUUAUGAUAACCACAAGGGAUGAGGAUGUGAUUAUCCAUGAUGAUGCCAGCUUUUUCAUUAAACCUCACAAGAUGGUUCUCAUGGAUGAGCCUUUAAGUUGGUAUCUGCUGAAGCAAAAGGUGUUUCCAAGCAAAGAAUGUCCGUCUGAGUUGGAGAAGAUUGGAAAGGAUAUUGCAAAAGGAUGUAAGGGGCUGCCCCUUGCAAUUGUUGUAGCUGCUCGUAUAUUGUCUCAAAGAAUUCAGACUCAAUCCUCAUGGGAGGAAGUUGCUCAAAAUAUACGUUCACUUAUCGUGGAAGACGCACAGUUUCAAUCUAUAUUGUAUUUGAGCUAUGCCGAAUUGUCCCAUCCUUUGAGGUCUUGUUUCUUAUACAUCUGUGGCUUCCAUGAUGAGUAUGAAAUUCGAGUCUCCAUGCUUGUCAAGUUAUGGAUGGCUGAAGGAUUUGUAUAUAAUCAAGAGGACGCUGAAGAAUAUGUGACCGAUAUCGUGAGCAAAAAUCUAGCUACCAUUACGGCAAUGAAGUCUAAUGGAAAAAUCAAAAGUUGCAUUGUCCAUGAUUUGGUACGUGACUUGUACAAAAUAAAGGCGAUAGAUGAGAACUAUGAGCGACGGUUCAGUAAUUCUCAUCAUGAUCUCAGGGAGGUUGCAAGAGCAUACGCCUCGACCAUGCACUCGGUUAUAAGCUUCCAUCCUUAUGAAAGCUCAUUACAUGGUCUGCACAAGUUCAAAUUGCUAAGGGUGUUGGAUGUGGUGGACACAAAUGCAUACUCCCUCCCAGCUUCAGUGUUUGAACUCUUUCACUUGAGGUUCCUUGCUUUCGGAUGUCCAAUGGAGGUUCCAUCAUCCAUAUCCCAACUUCAGAAUCUUCAAUCUUUGAUCAUUCGUCCCAGCAAGAGGUCAAAGAAAUACAAACACUCAAGGGAUGAGGUAUAUCUACCCUUAGAGAUUUGGAUGAUGCCACUUUUGAUGCAUCUUGUCUCCUUUUUUGAUCUUUUGCCAAAUCCGGAAGGAGUAGCUUCUGCUUUGGAGGAGCUGCUCACAUUGUCUGUGGUGAAGAAGUUGAUAUGUACAAAAGAGAUGAUGAAACUGAUUUGCAAUGUGGAAAAGCUGGCAAUCACUUAUUUUGGAGAAAGAUACCAACAAGACUAUCAGCUUCAGAAUCUUGUUCUUUUGAGUCAACUUGAGAAGCUGACACUAGUUGUGAAAAAAGGCUCACUUCUUCAGUUAAAAGCAAAGCCUGUUUUCCCAAGGAGACUGAAAAAGUUAACUUUGAGUGGUUGGCGAUUUCCUUGGGAAGAUAUGAAGGCUAUUGCUGAUCUUUUCUUUCUUCAAGUGCUCAAAUUGAGAGAUCAUGCCUUUGAAGGACACACGUGGAACACCAUUGCAGGGAGUGACGAGGAGUGUGAUAAAGAGUAUGGCGGUGAGCGAGAUAAUGAGUAUGACGAAGAGUGUGAUAGAGAGUAUGUCGAUGAGCGAGAUAAAGAGUAUGGAGAAGAGAGUGAUAAAGAGUGUGGCGGUGAGAGUGAUGAAGUGUAUGGCGAAGAGAGUGAUAAAGAGUGUGGCAAUGAGAGUGAUAAAGAGUAUAGCGGCGAACAAGAUAAUGAGUAUGGCGAAGAGAGUGAUGAAAAGUGUGCCUAUGAGAGUGAUGAAGAGUAUGGCGAUGAGAGUGGUGAAGAGUAUGGCGAUGAGAGUAAUGAAGAGUAUGGCGUUUUGAGUGACGUAGAGUAUGACGAUGAGAGUAAUCAAGAGAAUGGCCAUGAGAGUGAUGAAGAGUGUGGCUUUGAGAUUGAUAGAGAUCAUGAAUUUGUUAAGUUGGAAUAUUUGCUGAUUGAGGAAUCUGAUUUAGAGAAGUGGGCUACUGAAAAACACCACUUCCCAGCACUGAAACGCCUAGUGCUCAAAGGUUGUGCUAAGCUAAAUGAGAUUCCGAAUGCCAUAGGAUACAAAAAGCGACUUGAAAUAAUUGAGGUUGAUCAGGCAAACCUAUCUCUUCUCAAGUGUGUCCAAGACAUCCAGAAGGAACGUGGCCUUCAAGUUCGAGAAUUAUAAGCAGAAAUUGAGAGGAGUUGGCUUUGAUAAUUUUUCAGAUCCCAAAUCAAAGAUUUCAUGAAGACAAGGUUGCAAGUUUCGAACUUGCACUUCUAGAGAAGCAUCAUCCUCUGAAUCCAUGUUUAUUAUUCAGUAUCUUCUUUCUCUCUUAUUUGUAUAUAUGUAUUCUUCAGUACGAUAAAAAGAUACUCCAUGUUUCACCUGAAAAGAGAGAGUUCCUAUUAAUUACUAGUAUGUCAUAAUAGAGGAAUUGAAUU